CCUUAGUGGCCUACCUGCUCGCUUUCUGGGGCUGUCCAAAUCCAGCUUCCCCUCCACACUGACGGAGAUCAUCUAUAUCUCAACUCAGGAGGCCUGUAAAGCUCCACAAGCAACUACAAAGGGUUACCAUCAUGAGUCUCGGCAAAAGAAUUGUUACGGAGGUUUCCGGAUGCUUAAGGGUGUUUGACGACGGCACCGUCGACCGGACCUGGACUGGACCGCCGGAGAUGGAGUUCAUGACCAAAUCUGUGCCCCCACAUGAAGAAUUCAUCGAUGGUGUCGCCACUCGAGACGUAGUAAUCGAUUCAACGAGCGGCCGUAUGGUAAGGAUAUAUAUCCCCCAGAACGAAGAAAAUAUCGCCGGUAAGGAUAAGCUACCCCUUCUCCUCCACUUUCACGGAGGUGGCUUCUGUUUCAGCCGACCACAGUGGUACCUCUACUACAAUUUCUACGCGCGGCUGGUCCUCUCAGCUCGAGCUGUUUGCGUCUCCGUAGACCUCCGGCUAGCCCCGGAGCACCGCGUGCCGGCCGCAUGUGACGACGCUUACUCGGCUUUCCUUUGGCUCGACGCCGUGGCUAGAGGUGAGUUAUCUGAGCCGUGGCUGGAGACUUAUGCUGAUUUCGGCCGUGUUUUUUUGGUGGGUGAUAGCACAGGUGGGAAUCUGGUACACGAAACGGCUUCGCGAGCGGGAGAGAUCGAUGCCGGCGCGUUGAAACUCGUUGGAGGGAUACCGCUGCACCCGGGCUUUAUUCGAGAGGAGCCGAGCCGAUCAUUGUUGGAGCUGCCGGAGUCGCCCAUGCUGACGCGUGAUAUGGUAACCAAGUUGAUGGAUUUAGGGCUGCCUGAGGGUUGCACCAAAGACCACCCAGUAACGUGUCCAAUGGGCCCGUCGGCGCCACCGCUCAGCCUCCUGAAGCUUCCCCCGAUGCUGGUUGUGGUGGCGGAAAAAGACUUGCUCCGGGACACCGAACUGGAGUACUGCGAGGCGAUGAAGAAGGCAGGGAAGGAAGUGGAGGUUUUGCUCGAAGAAGGAAUGAGCCACUGUUACUACUUGAAUAAGAUCGCCGUCGACGUUGAGCCGGAGGCGGCUGCUAGUGCCGACCGGCUAAUUGCAGCGAUCAUUAAUUUCAUCAAUAGGGGUUGAGAUUUCUAAUCUGUAUUCAAUUAUUGCUACAAGGUGGGCUGCUUUAUCCACGCGGAACGUGCUUUGCCAGAUACGCAAUUUUUUUAUUUUACUUUUUUUCCUGA